AUGGACUUUCAGAGUGCUAUGGAGACGUUCGCCGAGGCAUGGGCGGCCGCGAAUACUGUCAAAUCAGAAGCGCCGAGUGACUUAUCGCAGAAUUUGUCUUCGGAUCUUCGCCGCAGUAAGACUCCUCCCCGCCGAUCCCCAGAGGAACGCGCAGUACCGCGCCCUCCAUCGGCGCCGGUUCACCACGAUCGUGGUCCACAUACGCCCCACACGCCCCACACGCCCCGCCACAUACGCCGCAUCUUUCACCCAAGAAAGAGGCUUUCAAUAACCUACUCAAUAAAGGGAUUUCAG